CUUCGGUGUGUUGAAGUCCCUGUGCUCAGUGACUGAACCUUAGUCGCCUCUCGGACUCGACAGCAUGUACAUAUGUUGCACAUGUGUGUGUGUGGUGGGGUCAGAUAAAACUGCUUGUUAACCGUAACUGUUAGAAAAGUAGCGACAUUAACUUGUUAUCAACACAACGAACGUCGUGAAUUUUCUGUUUGUACAAAAUCGUACAUUUCGCGCAAAUAGCACUUGGAGCACGCGCAGUCAAAUAAUGGAUAUUCUCACAAUCAUCGGACUGUUUGUUAUCAUUUAUUAUGCUAUUUACGUUAUUUUUGCUUGUAUUCUGGACUCCGAUUUAGCGCUCGCUUACAAGGAGAAGUACGGCAAACCUGUGUCUUCAUUGAAAGGCAAAGUAGUGUGGAUAACAGGCGCGUCCAGUGGUAUCGGGGAGCACUUAGCUUAUGAGCUAGCCCGAGCCGAAUGCAAAUUAAUACUGUCCGCUCGUAGAGUCGCCGAGCUAGAGCGAGUCAGGAGACAAUGCUUGAAUGAAAACUCGAAUUUAGGCGACGAUGACGUGUACGUGUAUCCUUUGGACAUAAGUAAACUAGACGCGCACGAAGCGGCGCUUGAGCACGUUAUCAACAAAUUCGGAAAAUUGGAUAUACUUGUGCAAAAUGCCGGGCGCAGCCAGAGAGCGUGGUGGGAAAACAUCGAAGUAUCGGUCGAUCGGGAGAUGUUCGAGUUGAACGUGUUCUCCAUCGUGUCUCUGAGCCGAUUGGCGGUCAAGUACUUUAUACAAAGAGGCGGCGGUCAUUUCGUUAUUACCUCGAGUGUCGCAGGAAUUCUACCGGUUCCAAGAUCGGCGACCUAUUGCGGCACCAAACACGCAUUGCAUGGAUAUUUCAAAUCUUUGUUCCUGGAGCAUCCUGAUAAAAACAUCGACGUGACGAUAGUCUGCCCUGGUCCGAUACAGACCGAUUUCCUGGCCCAAAGUUUCACGGAAAAAUCCGGAGAGAAAUAUGGAAUGAAUACGGACCAGUCCCAGAAUAAAGUCAGCGCGGAACGUUGCGCCGCUUUGAUGGGCGUCGCAAUCGCAAAUAAAAUGGACGAAGUGUGGAUCGCCAAACCCAAAGUGCUGCGGUUGUUGUAUCUUGUUUACUGUUUCCCAAUAUUCGCAAAAUGGAUAAUAACCUCACUGGGAAUCAACUAUCUUUUGAAAUUGCGAGAUAAGAAUUGAGAGUUUCGUUCUGUGGACAUUCAACAUUGAUGAUUUUUAAUUUUUGUUGAAAAAUUGUUCAUACGCGCAUAUCAACGCGUAUCCACGUGCCAAAAAUUUUUGUAUGAUAUAUAUGAUGUAUACACAGUGUACUGCAGCAGCAAAGUGUUGUUUUAACGUAAAGAACGUCACUUUGCCACUCGGAAAGCAUAUAUAAAGAAAUAAAUAUAAAAAAAAUUAAA